GUUGCCACGAGCAACUAGACGCAAACUCUACGGUACGGGAGUUUUUUACUUCACUGGGAUCAGGGUCCCGGGGGGUGCUGGCGCCUAUCCCGUUGUGCAUUGGGACAGGCCGCCAAUCUAUCGCAGGGCACACACAUCGUUCACUCACACACAUACCUAUGGGCAAUUUAGAAUUAGCAUGAAUUAGCCUACCUGCGUAUCUUUGGACUGUGGGGGGAAACCAGAGUACCUGGAGAAAAGACACGGACAAGGGGAGAACUCCGCACAGAAAGGCCCAGGCUAGAUUUGAACCCAGGACCUUCUUGCUGGGAAGUGCCAGUGCUACCCACUGCACCACCUUACAAUAACAAAUAAUGUUAAAUUAAAACCACACAAUUAUUUCUUUACCUGCAACCAAUGCACUAUAUUCACUUUCAGAGAAUUGCACAGGUGUAGGGUAAAGUCAGAAAUACCAUCACACUAUUAUAUGGCUUCCAAAAGCAUGAGGUGAGUCUUUCUGCUGACAAGGUUUUUUUAAGUCUUUGCCUCUGAUGUCAAUAGGGAGAGAGGUGAACAAAGUGAUAUUCAGAGAAGGAGGGGUUUGGAGAGCGGGAGAGGCCUCAGGUGCAGAGAUACCCAGACACGUGGCGGUGAGGACAGGGAGACGAGACGGCCAUGCCGAAGAAGGGCGGGAAGAAAGGCGGUGGGGGGAAGCAAGCGGGGAUGACUGAGGAGGAGAGGCUGCUCUAUGCUCAGCAGAGAGCCAUGGCGGAGGAGGAGAUGGCCAAACGAAAGGAAGACAUGCUCACUCAGUUCCUCAAGGAUAAGCUCAGAAAGGAGGAGCGCAACAGUGUGCUGAACCGGCACAAGCUGACGGAGAGGUGGCGGGCGGUGUUCAGGCAGACUCGGGCGCAGGAGCUGCGCCGGGACAUCGAGGUCCUUAGCCAGACAUUCGAGAGGGUGCUGGACCGCAAGGAGAGCGUCAUCAAGUGCCUGCUGGGUGACCUCACAGAGUCAAAGCAGCAGUCUGACCUGGCGCUGCGCUCCUACCUGCACAAUGUGGACCUGCUCCUGGACCUGGAGGGCAGCAGGCUGGCUUUCCACAACCAGGAUUUCGGCACCAAGCUGGAUGAACUCAAAGCUGAGUUCAACACUGAAAGGGAGCAGAUCCUGACUCAGCACGAGCAGGACUGCGUUUACCUGCAGGACGUGCGCUUUGGCUUGGAACAGCACUACGCCGCGUUGGGCCGCGAGGCCCGGCAGGAGUUCCAGAACACCCGCGAUGACAUCAAAAACAGGAGCAUGGAGGAGAAGAACGCCCUGCGGGUGCAGCUGGAGGGGGAGGUGGAGGAGAUGUGGCGGCAGCUGCAGGAGGCCACGCGGAGCUACCGCGAGGCCACCGAGGAGCACCGCGCGGCCUGCGAGGCGCUGCGGGCCCGCGACCAGCUCAGCUCCCGGGAGAUCCAGGCCCAGAUGAAGAGGCUGCAGAAGAUGCAGGAGUCGUGCGUGGCGCUGCGGGCCAGGAUGAGCGCCACCCAGCGGGAGGGCGAGGCGGCGGCCCGGGACCUGCGCGCCGUCAGGGAGAAGGUGACCGACAGGCGGCGGGAGCUGAAGACGCAGAUGGGCAGCGUGCACGCCCAGCACAGGAGCGCCCUCUCCAGGCUCACCCUGCACAGCAGCAACGCCGCCAAGAAGCUCCAGGGAGUCAUCGCCAAGGGUGAGAAGUUGAUCAGGCAGGCGGGGGUGUGCCGUAAGCUGGAGACGGAGCGGGAGAGGGUGCAGCCGUUUUACCGCUGCUCCCUGAGCGCCGAGGAGCAGCGGCUGGUCAGGGAGAACCAGCUGGAGCCCGCCGUCACCGAGCUGGCCCAGGCCAUGCAGGACUACGCGGGCCUGGAGGGGAUGUGGCAGCGCUGGGGCCGGGUGGAGCUGGACCGGCUGUGCCUGCAGCGGGAGAAGGCGGCGCUGGCCCAGGAGAACCUGCGGCUGCGCGCCCUCCUGCGCCAGUACCUGAACGGGCUGGUCGUCAGCGACGACGCCCUGCGCCAGGACGGCACCCUGCUCACCGUGUCCCGCAGCGUCCAGAGCCGCCGCCCGCACCCCGCGCCGCAGCGCCAGCCCGCCCGCGUGCUGCAGCACACGCUGCAGCACACGCUCUAGGCCCCGCAACGCCGCGGCCGCGCGCGAGGCACAACCGCAGCGUUCCACACGGAGCUGGUCACGUGACCGAAGCAGCAACCCAAACGAUCAGCCGCCUCAGCUGCCAAUCCCUGCUGUGGGCGGCAUCGGCUGACCCGAGUGUGGGAGAACGCAGGAGUCCCAUUCGGAAAUGUCUCUGCAUUUUGUUUCAUGAUUUAAUUAUGUUCCGUGCAUCGUGUUGAGCUUUGUUAUUAUUGUCAUUAGUAAAGGCACAAAAUGGGGAGACAGUGUGGCGCAGUCUUUAGGGCAGCCGGCUCUCUGGGGAGACUGGAGGUUCGAUUUCCCACCAUUUUCCAUACUGGGAGGGGAUCCUAUUUCUAUCUGUGUUCUUCUCUGCUAUGCCUCAUCUAAAUAAAGUCAUAUUUAGGGCAGGCAGACUGUGUUCUUUUAAAUAAAAAUAAAAAAAUGGUUUAAACAGGCACUUAUUACUAGUGUAAAUACUCCAUCCACAGUUGUUGAACCCCCUCAUUUGUCAGAAUUCCCAAGAGCAUUUUAAUAUAAGGCAGGACAUAUUACAUCUAGCCACACAGCCCUGACCACCCACACAUCCUUGGUGUCCCACUUGUCCAAAUUCUGACCCAUAAACAAAUCUUCACAAAAUGUAGAACAAAAUUGAAA